UUAUUUGUUAUUGAAUGUAAGAAGUAAGAGGCUCGUUGAUUAUUCAACCAAGUGCUGUUCUCCACUACAUAUUUACAUUAACGGAUAUGGCAAUUUUUUCUUGCAUUCCGUUUCUCAUCGGUUUAUCCAUAUCUAUCGCAACAUGUUCGUCACCAGAACCAGAUCCUAAAAGUACAUAUUUCGAAAAUUUUUCGAAAGGACUUGCCGAAAUGGAACGAAUCGCGUCUGAAUAUGAAUACAAAGAAAAAAAUUUUGAAGAUGAAAAACGUAAUGUAACAGCUUCCAAAGAAUUCGAUUUUAUAAUUAUUGGAGCGGGACCUUCUGGCGCGGCUUUGGCAAACAGACUUUCAGAAGUACCAGAAUGGAAGGUACUACUUUUAGAGGCGGGUUACGUGGAAACUACAAUAUCUCAAACGCCUUCAAUGUCCAAAUAUCUACAGACGACGCCUUACGAUUGGAGCUAUACAACCACGGAACAGAAACAUUCGUGUUUAGGUAUGGAAAACAAUAAAUGUUCUAUCAAAUAUGGAAAAGUCCUUGGCGGUAUCACGUCGGUCGAUAACAUGAUUUACACUAGAGGAAAUCAUAAAGAUUACGAUAAAUGGGCCGAUCUCGGAUUAAAAAAAUGGUGUUGGAAUGACGUAUUACCUUAUUUCAAGAAAAUUGAAGAUUUCCACGUUCCAGAUUUCGACAGAAAACAUCACACUUUAGGUGGCCCCGUAUAUGUGGAACAUUUCCAUCAUUCCAAUGGAUUAGGGAAACAUAUUUUGGAGGCGGCUCACGAAUUAAACAUAAAAACAAUCGAUUAUAAUGGUAAAGAACAACUAGGAGUAUCUCUACCUCAAGCAACUACACGCGACGGUCAUAGAAACAGUGUUGCUCAAACGUAUCUAGCUCAAACCGUGACUAGGCCGAACUUAGAGGUACUUCUAGGAGCUCAAGCUCUACAAAUAUUGAUCAGUCCGCAUACAAAGGAAGCCUACGGAGUGAAAUUUUUACAAGAAGGUCAUUUAUUGGUAGGCAAAGCUACUAAAGAAAUUAUUUUGGCAGCUGGAUCAGUGAAUACACCACAAUUACUUUUACUUUCAGGUAUUGGACCGAAAGAGCAGCUUGAGGCCUUAAAAAUUGAACCAGUAGCCGAUUUAAACGUUGGUAGUAGUUUGAAAGAUCAAAUGAGUUUUAUAGGACUCAACUUUCACUAUAACGAAAGCUUUAAAAUACCUGAUAAACAUGAAAUAGUUGAAGAAUUUUUGAAACACGCUAAAGGUCCUUUAACAACACCCGGUAUUGAAGCUAUAGGGUUCUUAAAAACGGAAGCAUCGAAAGAAAGUUUGGAUUAUCCUGACAUACAGUUUCUAGUAACAAAAGACGAUCUUGAAAACGGUGAGCAAUUCCAACGUACUAAUCGUAUCAAAAAAGAAAUCCACGACGAAAUAUACCCCAAAUCAAAUUUUUUCAACGUGGAAGUAACCCUCCUUCAUCCAAAAUCGAUUGGGGAUAUAAAACUCCACGAUAACGAUCCCCUUCACCAUCCUCUAAUCAACACCAAUUCUUUAACCGAUUUCGAUGAUCGAGAUAUCGAUUCUUUGGUUGCGGGAAUAAAAAAAGCGAUCGAAUUAGCGAAAACUGAUACUUUACAAAAAUUAGACGUUCAUCUUAGCGAUAAUCACAUACCCGGUUGCGAUAAAAACAAUCACGAUGAAUAUUGGAAAUGCGCUGUAAGACAUUUGGCUGUUAAUAAAGGACAUAUCACUGGAACCGCUAAAAUGGGUACAGAAGAAGAUGAAAAUGCCGUAGUAGAUGAAAAUUUGAAAGUCAGGGGAAUACACAAAUUGAGAGUAGCUGAUGCCAGUGUGAUACCUGUAACUAUUUCGGGAAAUUUGGUUGCCCCAUCGAUUAUGAUCGGAGAAAAAGCUGCAGAUUUGAUAAAGGAUGAAUGGAAAUAGACUACUCGAUUAUUAUUCUCUAUUUUGAUAUACGAAAUUAAAUAUUAAGAAAAAAAA